AGUUUUCUAGUAGUAAAAUGUUGACGCAAAUUCUCCGCGCCGCACCCAAGAACACUGUCCACAUGUGCUAAUGAUGAGUUCCAAACGCAAGUGUAAUCGUGACAUAGAGCAGCGGGGUAAGAAAAAAGAGAAGAGAGAAGAAACGACAGAGAUUUCUGAAAUAAUCGUAGCCACCGACGUGAAGGAAAAAGUGAAGGAGGCCUGGAGGAAGAACGAACAGUGCACACAUGGAGGUAUCGAAGUGGACUGUAACCCUUUCCCUCACUGCGUCUUGAGAAACUUCAUUCAGGACCAGACCUUUGUCGAGAACCUACAGAGGGAACUCUUGAAUUUGAAUUUCCACGAUAAAUCCAACGACUUGUACAAAUUCAAACAGUCUGAUGACCUAAAGAAGAGAAAGGAGCCUCAUAUUGCAGGCUUGAGAGCGGUGCUGUUCCAGCAGUUCAGGUCAUGGCUCGCUGAGGUGUUGCAGGUGGAGCUGGAGCCCACAGUGGACAUUUCCUGUGCCAAGUACGAGUACACAGACAUACUGCUUUGUCAUGAUGACGAGCUGGAGGGGAGGAGGAUCGCCUUCAUCCUGUACCUGGUGCCUGCGUGGGACCAGGCGGACGGAGGGACACUGGACCUCUACAGCACGGACGAGAACUACCUGCCCCAGAAGGUGGUGAAGUCCUUGGUCCCCUCCUGGAACACGCUGAUGUUCUUUGAGGUCUCGCCCAUCUCAUUCCAUCAGGUGUCAGAGGUGAUCUCGGAGGAGAAGUGUCGCCUCUCUGUGAGCGGCUGGUUCCAUGGCCGUUCACUGGACCGGCCCCCGCGUCACAUAGAACCAGCGCCCCCCCGAAGCCCACAUCUCCCCCGGGACGAGGAGCUGUUGUUCGAGUGGAUAAACCCUGUGUACCUGGACAUGGGCUACCAGGAGCAGGUGCAGGAGGAGUUUGAGGAGACUUCUGAGAUCCUGCUGAAAAACUUCCUCAAGGAAGAUAAGUUCAAGGAGGUGAACGAGGCCCUGAAGCAGAAUGAGAUUCGGUGGGUUCGAAGGGGUCCUUCCAACAAGAGGCGUUAUGAACGUGCAGAUCAGCAGGGGCUGCCCCCGUGUGUUAGCGCCUGCUGGGAGCUGCUCUCCUCGGAGGCCUUCUUCCUGCUCCUCUCCAACUUCACCGGCCUCAAGCUGCAUUUCCUGGCGCCCGGGAACGACGAGGAAGAGGGGGAGGCGGAGGAAAAGGAGGGGGGCGGACGGGAGGAGAACGGGGAAGGGGCAGAAGGUUCCUCUACGGGGUGCCCGGCAGUGACCGCCGCAGGCAGACCGCAGGAGGAGAAAGAGAAGGCGAAAACGAGCAGAGAGGACAGCACCCCGGUGUGCCGGGGAGAAGUGCGUCGCUGGGGGCACGGGGACUACACCCUUGUCCACGACACCGACCUGGACAACACCGAGUUCGCCCUGGACCUGCUACUCCACUGCGGCUGUGAAGACUGGCAGACAGAAUUUGGGGGUUUCACGUCCUACAUCGCGAAUGGAGAGGACGAGGAGCUCCUGACAGUAAAUCCUGAAAACAACUCCCUAGCCCUGGUUUACAGGGACAAAGAAACACUGAAGUUUGUCAAGCAUAUCAACCACAGGAGCUCCACCGUGGCAGGGAACCGCCAUCAUGGGAACGCCUUCUACGACUUCUCCUUUGUUUAUUAUGAGUGAAGAACUUUCCUGUGUGAGCGAGUGAGUGAAGGCAGGAAUUAUGCGAUCUCAUAAAUGCAGAUUUGGAUAAACAAAAUGAAACUAACUUAUUGAGACUAACCAGAUACUGUACCACUGAUCACAGAUUUUUUGACUAAAAUCUCAAUUGCACAGAUGCACUUCACGAUCACAAAAUGCAGUUUAUAGUCGCAGUCAUAAAAAAUAAAAAAUAAAAAACAUGAUGCAGUAUCAUCUGAUGGAGGUCCCCCUAAAAUGCUUUUAUUCAUAUUUAAGGCAUACAAUUGCAUGCAGUCACAGAGCAAUUUGCAUUGUCCAGGUGUUUGUCCAUGUCGAUCGCAGCAUUGUCAUGGUGACCCAGAGCCCAUUGGUCAGCUACCCCAGAGUUCCACCCAGAGACAAUGGUCUCCCUUGGCAACGAAACAAAGAACCACCCCUUGCAUACACAGGCCCGAUAUGUAUGGAUAUUGUAACGGCACUUUGAAGGAUUGUUUGUUUCAGCAUAAAAUGAGACUGCAGUACACAGAAGUCAGCAACUCUAUAACAAGCUCGCUUAUAUGAUUCUUCUUCCCCCCCCAUACAUUCAUUUAUUAUCAGUGCAAAUUGGCACAUAAAAUGAACACGGCUGCUAAACCAAAAAGAUAAUACCAUGAAGCCAUAAAGAACUUUCUCAUCCCAAACCAGUAAAAAAUAAAAAACAAAACACAUCAUUUAAAUAAUAUAAAGCAACAGUUGUGGAUAUAUAUUUAAUGUACAUCCCUAGUGCAAUUUUGUGUUCGUCCUUUUUGUGUUUUUUUUUUUUUUUUUUGUUUCUUGUUUUUUUUUCCACAUCCAUCUUUGUUUUCCCUGCCUAUGCUUAAGGCUACUAUGACAUCCAAUGGCGCUGGCUGUCCAUUGUACAGUGUCUUUACAUUCCAAUGGUCAUUGUGGUAUUGCAUCCGUGUGAAAUCUCACUCAAUUGUUGUAUUGCACAGUAUUGCGAUUUUCCUUCAAUUCAAGAAGACAGUUCUUAAGAGAAUUCUUAAGUCUCGGUUUUCUUGCGGUCCCGUUUGUGUUCAUGACGUGAAAACGUACCCCUCGCCACAGUUUGCAAGUACAGUGAGUCCUAAACAUCUAGGGCUGCCACAAAAUGGCUGACGGAACAUCAAGUUUUGAUUCUGCACCAGAGCAUGUACAGGUAUAUGUGCAAUCUUAUAUUGAUAGUGUAUAAUAUUGAUAAUUGCGGUUAAGCCCAGUAAUCGUUUUGUCUAGUUUUCAAUGUGUCCGUAAACCCUGCUGUAUAGGAACACCGUUGUUUUACUGCACGGUCAUAAUUCAAGUCAUGUAAACGCACAAGGUCCUCGUGUUGGUUUUUGUCUCCUUAGCCCAUGUUUUGUAGCCUGACAACUCUAAAAUAUAUCUAGUGACACAACUCAAGCGUGGGUCCCCAGCAUAACCCCGACCACCCCCUCCAACACUCCUAACUUUUGGAUUGGUAGGUAAGGUUGGGGGAGAUAGAUAAUAGGACACCAUGGCCCCCUUAGGCUUUCACUAUAAGAGGGAGGCUUAAUGGAUGGAGUAAGCAAGCAAAUGUCUUAGAAAGAAAGGGCCACUGUGACUGUCAGUUCAAGGGCCAGACUUCUGUGGGCAGAUAAAAGGGAAGGUUUGAAGGCCGUCUACAAUGCUGGAGAUCCCUGCUACUAAGCCUUCACCAGCAGCCGAACCGCUCACCCGACUGGAAAACGCUGCGCUCCUCCCUCGCCAACCGUUUUCUCUCUCUCUCCCUCUCUCCCUCUCUCUCCCUCUCUCUCUGCACGGCCAGAUUCUCAUGAAUAUCCAUCGGAAGCGAGAUGUAACCUCUUCUAUUUCCAGUCACUGGCAAGGCGUGCAGGAGCUUUCUAGCUGCUAGUUAACGCGAAUCCAUCUGUUUUUGAGCCGGACCGCUCAUGAAUACCCGUGAGAAAACAACACGGAGCUCUUUUCUUAGCCACAAAAGGAAGGAUGGACAUAUCCGUAGUCACAUCGGACUGACUACAGAGACAAACGAGGCUACAGAAAGGCCCCUUCAGUCACAUACGCUUUGUGGAUGGAAGUAUUCCCAAAGGGUUCAUUUCGUCUUUCAGUUUCUCAUUCACAAGUUGUAUAGCAAUGCUUCAUGUCACCGUAGACACUUAAGUCAUGAGUAUAAAAUGCCAAAGUCCCUCUACAAGCACACAAGGAAAGUACUGAGUGCUGAAUGAAAAAUAUUAUUUGGUUAGAUUAAAUGUUAACAAAAUACUGUGCAAAAAGCAAAAUAUGGUUUUCUUUUUUUCUUCGCCUUUCAAAAGUGAAACCUCACAUUAAAAACAUACAGAAGAUUAA